GUCGGCCUAGUCGGUUUCUGAAACGGAUCCGGGCAGGCAGGUCGUGACAUUAUUAUUUCGUGUUGGGCUUCUAAGGUAAAUACUGUUCCGCCGCCGUGUCGGGAAGUUUAAGAAAGGUUGUUCGAUUCACUUUUUGCGAUUUUAGCCGUGCGUAUUAAUCUUUACAUCAAAUGAAAUUGCCGGCUACGUUAGCAAUCGGUAGACCCGGGAAUAAUACGUGUUACAUGCAGUAAAAAUAUGAUGCUAACAUGAGUGCAAUAAAAAGUGGCGUUCGAAAAAUGAACAAGUGAACUAAAACAAAAGCGGCUGCUCAGUUAUAUUUGUGUUUCCGAAUUAGUGACUCUUAGGUCCUCACGGUGCGAUCAACAAUAGGUUUUUGAUCACUGCAGGACGUCAUUCCCACCAUCUGCGCAAAUUUACUCUUAACUCUUGACUCGCCCUGCAAGAGUUCGCACGGCGUGCGUUUGGCUGAACACAGCAGUCUUUUGGCUAAAGCUUUCAUGAGCAGUGCACGUAAUAAAAACUGAGAUCAACGAUUCGAACUAUGUUUACAUUGCAACCAACUCCAACUGCUAUAGGCACCGUGGUUCCUCCAUGGUCAGCGGGAACAUUGAUAGAGCGUUUGCCGUCUUUAGAAGACAUGGCUCACAAGGACAAUGUGAUUGCAAUGAGAAAUUUACCCUGUUUGGGUACCGCUGGUGGUAGCGGACUAGGCGGUAUUGCUGGGAAACCUUCCCCUACUAUGGAAGCCGUGGAAGCCAGCACAGCGUCACAUCCCCAUUCGACAUCUUCGUACUUCGCCACAACUUACUACCAUUUAACUGAUGAUGAAUGUCACAGUGGAGUGAAUCAGCUGGGUGGCGUUUUUGUUGGAGGAAGGCCUUUGCCAGAUUCAACACGGCAAAAAAUUGUCGAACUGGCACAUUCUGGAGCUCGGCCAUGUGAUAUUUCUCGAAUUCUACAAGUAUCAAAUGGAUGUGUGAGCAAAAUUCUCGGGAGAUAUUAUGAAACAGGAAGCAUACGACCUCGUGCUAUCGGAGGAUCCAAGCCACGUGUGGCCACAGCCGAAGUGGUUAGCAAAAUUUCGCAGUACAAACGCGAGUGUCCUAGCAUAUUUGCUUGGGAAAUUCGGGAUAGAUUACUUCAGGAGAACGUUUGUACUAACGAUAAUAUCCCAAGUGUGUCCUCCAUAAACCGUGUAUUGAGAAAUUUGGCUGCGCAAAAGGAGCAGCAGAGCUCGGGAUCCGGGAGCUCCAGCACAGCCGCCGGCAACUCAAUCAGCGCAAAAGUGUCUGUCAGCAUCGGUGGCAACGUGAGCAAUGUGGCAAGCGGAUCGAGAGGCACGUUGAGCUCUUCCACCGAUCUUAUGCAGACAGCCACGCCACUUAACUCUUCGGAAAGCGGUGGCGCAAGCAACUCCGGGGAGGGUAGUGAACAGGAGGCGAUUUACGAGAAGCUUCGGCUCUUAAAUACCCAGCACGCUGCAGGACCAGGAUCACUGGAGCCUGCCAGAGCAGCGCCUUUGGUAGGUCAAUCACCCAACCACCUAGGAACCCGAUCCAGCCACCCCCAGCUGGUGCACGGUAACCAUCAGGCAUUACAGCAGCAUCAACAGCAGAGCUGGCCGCCCCGUCACUAUUCCGGAUCUUGGUACCCCACCUCUCUUAGCGAAAUACCCAUCUCAUCGGCUCCCAAUAUCGCAUCCGUUACGGCGUAUGCAUCAGGACCUUCACUUGCUCACUCACUGAGUCCACCGAACGACGUUGAAAGCCUGGCCAGUAUCGGUCACCAGAGAAACUGCCCCGUUGCAACGGAGGACAUACUUUUAAAAAAAGAACUUGAUGGUCAUCAGUCCGAUGAAACGGGCUCCGGUGAAGGUGAAAACUCCAAUGGUGGCGCUUCAAAUAUUGGAAACAAUGAGGAUGAUCAAGCUCGGCUCAUACUUAAAAGAAAGUUGCAACGCAAUCGAACAUCUUUCACGAACGACCAGAUAGAUAGUCUUGAAAAAGAGUUUGAACGAACACACUAUCCAGAUGUUUUUGCCCGCGAACGUUUGGCUGGAAAGAUUGGGUUGCCAGAGGCAAGAAUUCAAGUUUGGUUCUCUAACCGUCGAGCAAAAUGGCGCCGUGAGGAGAAGCUGCGAAACCAGCGAAGGACACCAAAUUCCACAGGAGCUAGUGCAACUUCGUCCUCAACAUCGGCAACUGCCUCUUUGACUGACAGCCCUAACAGCCUAAGUGCUUGUUCCUCUCUGCUGUCCGGAUCAGCUGGGGGUCCCUCAGUCAGUACCAUUAAUGGCUUAUCGUCUCCAAGCACAUUGUCUAGUAAUGUCAAUGCUCCAACGCUUGGCGCUGGGAUCGAUGGAUCUGAAAGCCCAACACCAAUCCUGCAUAUUCGGCCUAGCUGCGCCUCUGACAAUGACAGUGGUCGUCAAAGUGAAGAUUGCAGAAGAGUUUGUUCUCCAUGCCCACUUGGCAUUGGCGGGCAACAAAAUACUCAUCAUAUCCAGAGCAAUGGUCACGCCCAAGCUCAUGCACUUGUUCCUGCCAUUUCGCCACGUCUCAAUUUUAAUAGUGGUAGUUUCGGCGCGAUGUACUCCAACAUGCAUCAUACGGCGUUAUCCAUGAGCGAUUCAUAUGGGGCGGUUACGCCGAUUCCGAGCUUCAACCACUCAUCUGUCGGUCCGCUGGCUCCGCCAUCGCCAAUACCGCAACAGGGCGAUCUAACCCCUUCCUCUUUAUAUCCGUGCCACAUGACCCUACGACCCCCUCCGAUGGCUCCCGCUCACCAUCACAUCGUGACGGGUGACGGUGGCAGACCUGCGGGCGUUGGCCUAGGCAGUGGCCAAUCUGCGAAUUUGGGAGCAAACUGCAGCGGAUCUGGAUACGAAGUGCUAUCUGCCUACGCAUUGCCACCGCCCCCUAUGGCGCCGAGCUCUGCUGCUGAUUCAAACUUCUCAGCCGCGUCCAGUACCAGCGCCAAUGUGACCCCACAUCACACCAUAGCCCAGGAAUCAUGUCCCUCUCCUUGUUCCAGCGCGAGCCACUUUGGAGUUGCUCACAGUUCUGGGUUUUCGUCCGACCCGAUUUCACCGGCUGUAUCUUCGUAUGCACAUAUGAGCUACAAUUACGCUUCGUCCGCCAACAACAGCAUGACGCCCUCCUCCGCCAGCGGCACAUCAGCACACGUGGCCCCUGGAAAACAACAGUUCUUCGCCUCCUGUUUCUACUCACCGUGGGUCUAGGUACAAACUUGCGAUUCAAUCAGAGAAGAACUGCGAAAGGGACUAUUUACCUAGUUGAAUGACGGCCUAUGUAUAUCUUAAGGAGGCCAUAAUAAAUCGAAUUUACAUAUCUCUUGAAAAAUAAUGGAGGUUGUAGGAAAAUACAUUUGUAUGUAUAUAUUAUAUAGUUCCGCCCAUUAAAUCCAAUCUAUAGUGUAGAAUAAUUGGUGUAAAUUAAAUGAUAUAAUUUUGACAAAUAAAAAGAAAAAAAUGUUGUUUCUUUCAA